AUGUCUAGGAGUCGACAGUUAAGGCAGAAUAAAGUGGAGUCUGUCCAUCAUGAGCAUGACGAUGAUGAUAUUGAAGAAUCAUUAAUCAGUCAAUUCGAGACUACUUUAACUAUUCGACCUACUGCCAAUGAUGAAGUUGAAGAUAUUUCAAUUGAUCAUACCGUGUUAAAUAACAACACUACUUUCAAUUACACUCGUGAUCAAAGUAUAGUGGAUAUUGAUGAAUUAGAAGAAGAAGAAUUGAUUCUGGAACAAAUACCGAAAUUCAAAACUAAUAGAAGAUAUAGCUUACUACCUAAACAUGCCACGAAAUCAAAUGCACUGGCAAAAUUAAAGAAAUCUCCCAGUCCAGGAUUGGAAGACUAUUAUACCAAAGAUAAAAUUGAUCCCAAAUAUGAAUCAAUCUUAAAACCAUCAUUCUUGAUCGAUCAUUCCUUACAGAGAUUUAAUAAAGCGUAUAAUGAUUUCUUAGAUUCAAAUCCUCAUAUCUCCACUGAAUCUCCUCGAUAUAUAAAAGAGCACGAAAAGACAUUAGUGAUAUUAUCACCUUACUCACCUGAACAUGCAUUUGGAAGAAAUUGGGUUUCAAAAUCAUAUCUUUCAACUAUUUUUGAAAGACCCCAAAGAUUAUUAGCAUCAUGUAUUGGGGUAGCAUCAGCUUUAACCAUGUAUCCAUUCUAUUAUAAGAUCAUUAAUUCAAAUAAGAAAAGUUCAUUAUUUUCAUCUCAUGUCAGGAAAAUCCAUGGAAAGAAUUGGCCCAAGAAAUUAUUUGAAUUAUGUUUGGAAAGUCAUGAGAAAUUACAAAAGGAUGAAUUGGAAGUUCCAGAAGAUUGGAAUACCGGUGAUAUUUAUUUAAACCCCAAGACCAUAAAUGCUAUUGAAGGAGUUAUUGGAACGAUUGAAACCGCAGUGGAUUCACUUUAUAACUUUGAACAAGAGAAAUUGAAAACCAAUCAUAAUCUUGCCUUUGUAGUGAUUCGACCACCUGGUCAUCAUUCUCAUGCAUGUUUACCCAGUGGAUUUUGUCUUUUAAACAAUGUUCAAAUCGGGAUCGAAUUUGCCUUUGAAAAAUAUGGUGUAAGUCAUUGUGUGAUUUUAGAUAUUGAUUUACAUCAUGGAGAUGGAUCUCAAGAUAUUUGUUGGGAAAGAGCUGGUUUCCAUGGUGAUUAUGGUCAAACUGAAGAUGAUGAAUUAGAUCCAAAAUCAAAUCCAAGAAAUGAAUAUGGUAAACGAUUCGCUACCUAUCCUAAAGUAGGAUAUUUCUCAUUACAUGAUAUUAAAUCAUAUCCUACUGAAUUUGGUUAUGCUACAAAGGAAAAUAUUAAAAAUGCAUCAACAUGUAUCAUGGAUCAUGAUUUAAAUAUUUGGAAUGUUCAUUUACAAGAAUGGAAUAAUGAAGAAGAAUUUUAUAAACAUUAUCAAACUCGAUAUGUGACGAUUUUAAAUCGUGCCAAUCAAUUUUUAAAUUCAGCAAAAAAACAAUAUGAACAAGAAUAUGAACAAUAUUUGAUUGAUUUAAAUAAAUAUAAUAAAUACUUAGUCAAGCCUCAUUUAUAUCAAGAUCCAGUUGACAAACCCAUCCCUCCUAUGCCAUUCAAACCUUUGAUAACCAUCUCAGCUGGAUUUGAUGCUUCAGAGUAUGAAAAUCCUCAAAUGCAAAGACAUGGAAUCAAUGUUCCUACUUCAUUUUACGCUACAUUUACUAAGGAUGUGGUUAAGUUAGCUAAGAUCCAUACUAAUGGGAAAGUUAUAUCAUUUUUAGAAGGUGGAUAUAGUGAUGGAGCCUUAUCGACCGGGAUCUUUUCUCAUUUGAUUGGAUUAAUCAAUGAUGAUGAAGUUAGUUGGAAUCAAACUUGGGGUUUAGAACAAGUUAUGAAAGAAUUAGUGAAAGGAUGUAAGAAGACUUGGACUCCAUAUAAGAAACCACAAAGUGAUAUUACCAUUUGGGCUAAUGAGGUGAUUAAAUUAGGUAGAUCCAUGAUGCCUAAUGCUAUUUUACCUACUAAUUAUAUUUAUCAAUAUCAAGAAGAUCUAAAACAACAGCAACAAUUUGCAGAAUUACAAAAGCCAGUAAAUAAAAUGGUUAAAGAAAUCAUGGAUUAUCAUCAUCCAAACCGAGUACUGGAAGUCUCCCAAAGUCCAUUAAAGACCGACCCCCAAGACGAUAGAAAGAUUAUGAGACAUACAAGAUCAUAUUAUAAGAAAUUAGCUACUGCUCAAAAGCAACAACAAAUCCAAGAAGAGUCGGCAUUAAAUGGACUUCCCAAGUAUAAAUAG